AUACAAAUCAGUGAAUCAAAAACGCGAUCAAUACCAUCAAUAAAGUUUCGUAAUCCGUUCGAAAUAAAGCGAUCGCAACUGAUCGAUCAAGUCGAGAAGAUGCGCAUCAAUUUGGGUUUACAUUUGCGUGAUACGAACGUUUCGGCACUCAUCGGUGGGAAGCCAGGAACAAAUAUCAAACUGCAUCAUGCAGGUGCGUUGCACUCGAGCGAUUUCUUUACCUAUCGACGAGAGUCGCUUUCUUCACUUGUUCGUUAUGAUAUGUGA